UAGUGACCGUACAUGUGUACAGCUGUUUGAAGAUAGAAACAUGGAAAUAAUAUUCUGAAGCGUCCAUUCUUUUGAAACGAGGAGUCUUGGAACCAUGGCAAAGAAAAAUGUUGGAAAUAUCUAUCCAUAUCUUUUAGUGGACCAAGGCCUAAAGAAAAACCAGGCAUCGGAUAGAUUUCGCGUGUUCCUUGCUAUGAAGGUCGCAGAGCGUGCAGAGAUUGAGAUGCGAUAUAUCAAGCAACUACAGCACUGGAUCAAUGAUCUCAGUAUACGUACGGACCUGUCUGAUCCGUCUGGUAACUAUGAUCUCAGUAUACGUACGGACCUAUCUGAUCCGUCUGACCGAUAUCUAAACAGCGAGCUUAUGGCAAAGAUUCUCGGCAGCAUGCGCAACGAGGCUGCGCAAGUGGUAGACAUUCGGCAGCGGGUGUACAAUCUCCUUAUGUAUGAACACGGGCCAUACAGUAAACUGCAACAUUUAAUGGAAGAAGAGUAUAAGAGACACAUAAAAGCGACUGAAGAAGAAUUCCACACACUUCUCGGCAAGAGAAACAACUUAGCUAAAACAUACAAAAAGUAUAUCGAGGCACAUGAGCACUCUAGCAACCAGAUCGAGACUUUAGAGUCUCAAUUGUCAGAGAGAAGUAGAAUAACGUCGUCCCGGCGUCCGUCGUCAAGGACAGGUCCACGUAAAAUUGACGAAAUGCGCGAUAGGCUGUCAAGAUUACGGCGUCAGAAUGACGCAGAAACUGAAAAGGUGGCAUCAUUAGAGGAGGAAUUGUUAGACGAAGAGUCGUCUGCAAAACACUUUCUAACGACGACUGAGAAGCGGCUUCAAGAGUUGGAAACAGAACGCAUACGUCUGCUUAUUGCUGAAAUAAAACGUUAUUUCGAAGCCUUGCAAAAUACAGGACCACAAAGGUCACCCCGACUCGCAGUUAAGGGUCAGCAAAUCAGAAGUCUCGAAGAGGCGGAAACACUCAUAAAAGUUCACUGGCUGGACGUUCAUACAAACGCCAAGAGGGACGAAGUGCCAAAUUUCCAGGACAUGUUUGCCGUUACAUCAGCGAAAUCGAAAGCCAAGACAAGUGCCAACGACUCAGAUAGACAACCAAGUAAAGAAGAUUCUAAGCCAGACAGUCACCGAGAUCUACCACUAGCAGAAAGUGUUUCAACAUAUUUCUACUAUAAAUCCAGUUCGGGGUCUUCGGUAGAAGCCGACGGUGACGGCAACUCCGUCGUGGCUGAAGUCAAUCGUAUGCAAAUUAGAAGGGCAGUUCAUGACAAAUUUCCGUCACAAAGACAUUCUGAAGAUUCAAUAGAAACGUUGAAUUUACCACCGGAGGUUCGGUGUCCAGCUGAUAUCUCUGUCCUGGAACCUCACAAACAGUACACAACUAGAAUGGGGGUUGGUGGCAGAUUUCGCCAGAGCGAGGAUUGCCGUCAAGUGGCACAUCUAACAGAAUACAGUGCAGUUGACAAGUUUGUUCCGACAGAGUCGGAUAGUGACGAAGAAAACGAAGACACUGUCGGUAAUCUCCGGAAUGUCCGUGUCAUUGCGGUAGAAGAUAAUACCCCAAGUCCAGGAGGCAGCGAACUUGCAUUUAAAAAAGGUCAGAUAAUAAAACAGAAAUCUGGAGCUAAUGACGAUGGUUUAUGUUAUGGAUGGACUCGAGAGAAUAUGAUGGGAAGGAAACAGUAUGGCUACUAUAAACAAUACAAGGUCAAACUGUUCAAGAAAAGUGUGAUAUAGCUAAUUCGUUAUUUAAGAAUAAACAAAAUGGCAGAAACCA